UUUUUUUUUUUUUUUUAUUUCCCAUCAUCUGUAUUAAAAAAAAAGGAUGGCCACCAUGUAUUUACAACCUGAAGUGACCACUUCUAACGACGGUGACCGUAUUCUAUGUAAAGAGCAUAGUCAAGAACAAUGCGGUCCAUGUCAAGUAGACUGGACAGAACAUAACUUAUUAGCUGCCACUUUAAAGCACGUCAAGGACCUUCCUCCUCCUAACGCUCCUAACCCAACACGCAAUGCUCAAGUCACACGUCUCAAGGACGAAGGCAACAAGUAUUUUAAACAAGCCAAUUAUCCCGAAGCCAUCCGUUUUUAUACCAUGGCCGUCGACCUCUCUUGGUCUCGUCCUCUUUGGGAACCAUUGGCUUUCCAAUACGUACGAGAAGAACUCGCUCCCGUCCUCUCCAAUCGUUCCGCCGCUUAUCUCGCUCAAAAGCAAUAUGUCGAAGCUUACGUUGACGCUGAUACCGUCACUCGUCUCAAGCGUGAAUGGAGUAAAGGUUGGUUCAGAAAGGGAAAAGCUUUGGUCGGUCUCGCUCGUCCCGCUGAAGCCGCUGAGGCCUUUCAAACAGGUUUACGUUUCGAUCAUGAAAGUGAGGAACUUGUCAAGGCUUUAGCUGAAAUUGGACAAUAAAAAAAGAAAAAAAAAAAAAAAAAA